ACUGAUUCCACACAGAACACACAUUAAAGUGAUAGAAUAUGACAUCAUAAGGACAUUUCAGAACUCCUGGAACACAAGAAGCCUUGAAGUGACUUACUUUGUCAGUUUCCUGUAUACACAUGGACAGAGUGGAGAAGACGAGUGGAAGAUAAAUCAACCUUUCAACCAACCUUACAUACUUUUGGAAAUCUUUUCUGGAAAAUACCUUCGCGAUGGAAAAUUUAUCAUCCAGUUUAUCUUACAGCCCCAUCAACAGCAGCUAUCUUAGUGCUAAGUACCCGUUACCCAAUAACUAUAAGCUGGUGUCAUAUCUGGGUGGUGGAGGCUUUGGAGAUGUGCUCAAAUGUAUUAAAAAGGACACCAAUGAAACAGUUGCUGUAAAGUGCUCUAAAGCUCAAUAUAGCACCAGCUUCAACAAUGAAUUGACUCUAAUGAGACUCCUCAUGUGGAAGAAGCUGGACAAGUCCAACAUUGUCCGGUUUAUUGACUCGUUCACACUGAUGGACAAGAGACCCGCACUUGUCUUUGAGAUGCUGGAUGUGACUCUGAAGGACUACUUUUAUGACCAGCGGAACUUUAAACCUCUGCACUUACAUGAAAUCAGGAGUAUUAUGCAACAGCUGGGCACAGCGUUACACGCCCUGAAGAGCAUUGGAGUGAUCCAUUCAGAUAUCAAGAUGGACAACAUAAUGUUGGUGAACUGUGAAGAGCAGCCCCUCAGGGUGAAGCUCAUAGACUUUGGACUGGCUUUUUCAACCUACAAAGUUAAGCAGGGUGCCAUGCACCAAACAAAGCACUACAGAUCUCCAGAAAUUUAUUUGGGACUUCCCUUUUCAGAAGCCAUCGACAUGUGGUCUUUAGGCAUUGUGAUGGCCAACAUAUUAGUUGGAGAUACGCUCUUCCCUGGUUGUAGUGAAUAUAAUGUAAUGGAAUGCAUGGUCGAUCUCUUGGGUCUCCCUCCAGACCACCUUCUGAAUGCUGGAAGACACUCAGAAAUAUAUUUCUUUAAAACAGUUUACGGUCAAUGGAGACUGAAGACACACGGUGAGUAUUGGGGAAUCUUGCCCUAUCCUGGUGACUACAGAGCCUAUCAGUUCCGCAGCCUGGACGACGUGGAAAAGUUGCCCUUGACGAACCUGAGAGUGGCAGAUGCUGAAGAAAAGAUGCAAUGCAUCGCCCUGCUGAAGGCAAUGCUUCAGAUAGAUGCCAGUGUGAGGAUUACCCCCAGUCAACUCCUUAAACAUCCAUUUAUCAGAAGGAGCACCCACCACCAUGACUCUUUCUGGAGUUGCGGCACAGGCGUCGGAUCAACUUCAUCAUAUCCACGUUUCAUCAAGGUGCGGCCUGCACCACCUGAUUGCCGCUACGUGGCAGAUGAUGUCCUCUCAGAGAGUGAGCCUAGGUCAGUGCAGUCCCCCGAUGGAUUUACAAGUGACUUCUCUCCGGCUCCCUUUUCACCUGAGGACAUAAACAUGAAGCAAGAAGACAGUGACAGCACAUCUGACGAAGACUUCUCCCUCGAGAUGAAGACCAGGAAGGAGAAGAAGAAAAAGAAGAAGAAUAGCUUCAAGCGCUUUUUCUGUUGGCUGAAGAAUACAUUCAGCUGCAUCACUGCCAACAAUGAUGAGGGCUGAAUCCCUCAUAGGGCAGCACGGUGGUCACCAUUGUGUGCGGAGUUUACAUGUUCUCCCUGUGUCUGUGUGGGUUUUCUCCGGGCACUCCGGUUUCCUCCCACAAAAAAACAAAAACAUGCAAAAAACCGCUGGACAGAAUAGAAUACAAUGUAAUUAGACAACACUGGGGAACAAUUUGAAAAAAAAAUUCUGUUGAGUUAGAUUUGUAUGCUGAUUAAAACUAAAAUUGGCAUACUGAUUCCAAAAUUGCAGUAAGU